AUGCCAAGUACUGCACCAGUAAUCAUUGUCGGCGGCUCCAUUGCAGGCCUGACCCUCGCGCACUGCCUCUCCAAGAUAGGCGUUGACUACGUCAUUCUAGAAAAGAGACAGCAGAUCGCUCCGCAAGAGGGCGCGUCAAUCGGAAUCCUACCUCACGGUGGACGAAUCUUAGACCAAUUGGGACUGUUUAAUGCGAUUCAGAGGAAUGUUGAGCCGUUGACUACGGCUCAUAUUUCGUAUCCUGAUGGCUUCACCCAUACGAAUCAGUCGCCAACUGUAAUCCAUGAGCGAUUUGGACUGCCGCUGGCGUUUUUGGAGAGGCGGAAGCUGCUUCAGAUCUUGUACUGGUCUCUGCCUGAUACUUCCCGCGUGCAUGUUGGGAAGACGGUCGUUGCUGUUGACCAUAUCUGGGGAGACAGUGGUAUGGCUGUACGGACUCGAGAUGGAGCCACCUUCUAUGGUGAUAUUGUCGUCGGAGCAGAUGGCGUGCACAGCCGAGUGCGCCGUGAGAUGUGGCGACUUGCUGAAAUAGACCUUCCAGGUUCUAUAACUGAGCAAGAGAAAGAUGGCAUGACGGUUGACUACAUCUGUAUCUUUGGCAUAUCAGCUUCAGUUCCUGUUCUUCGCCCUGGAGAGCAAGUGGCAAGCUUGCACGAUGGACGGUCAUUCCUCAUAUUCCCAGGCAAAGAUGGUCGGGUGUUUUGGUUCCUUCUCAAUAAGCUCGACAGGCGAUACACGUAUACAUCUGCUCCGCGAUGGACCGCUGUUGAUAUUGACACAAUAGCAGAAAGCUUCAUUUCAGACCACAUCUGGAAUGGAGUUAACUUUGGCGGUCUCUGGGAGCGAAGAGAAGUCACUGGUAUCACAAACCUUGAAGAAAACGUCUUCUCCACAUGGCACUCAGGCCGGAUUGUCUGCAUUGGCGAUAGCAUGCACAAGAUGGCACCCAAUACAGGGCAGGGAGCAAACUGCGCGAUUGAAGACGCUGCAGCACUUGCCAACGCAAUCCACAGUGCCAUCGAACACGUCGACCGCCCUUCCAUGGCUGAAGUCCAAUCCUUUCUCCGCUCGUUUAAUGAAUCCCGGCUCCCCAGGGUGCAGGAAAUCUACAAGUCCGCCUCGGUGGUAGUGCGUCUGCAUGCGCGCGAGAACCUGGCUUUGAGACUUGUUGGUCGGUAUUACUUGCCGUAUUCCGGUGACUUGCCAGCAAACACAGCAUCGAAGCUGAUUGCUGACGGAGUCCAAUUGUCGUUUUUGGCCCCAUCGUUGUAUUCAGGGCCUGGGUGGGAGAAGUAUAGCAUGAAAAGAGGCGUCGCCAAGAGCACAGUGUAUCUAGCGAUCUAG